GUCUGUGAGAAGAACAGAAAGAGCACCAGAGGUUUUUUCAGAGGAGGCGAUGAGGAGUGCUGAGGAGGAGGCCUUCGAAGAGGUGCUGAUGGAGGCCGCCCCCCCCACUGCUGUGAGCAAAAACCUUAGACCAUCUAAACAACAAAUCGUCCCCAAAAUCCCAGAGGCAGUGGACGACUUCCUGAGAAAUGUCCUCCAGAGAGCGGGACUGGGCCGGACUAUGAUCAGCUUCGAGGAGGAGUGGUACGGCUUAGCGCAGAAACUCCUGACCCAGACCCUGAGGAGGGCAGGAGUCCUCCUCGUGCCUGAUGCGCUUACACACAGGCAGCUGAUCCAGGCUCAGCUGGACACUGUGCACAGAGACACAGACCUGCUCAGACAGGAAGUGCUGCAUGCAGGGGAGCAUCUGCUGAGGACGCAAAGGGAGAGGGAUUUCUACCGGCUGCAGUACCAAUGUGUCGCCGAACACAAAAGCAGGCUGAUGGAGGACCUCCACCAGCUGAAGAAACAGCUGCAGUCCUACAGGCCGGCACUGAGGCGGCUCGAGGACACCAUUCAGGAGGCUCUCAGGAAGAAAAUGCUCCUUAGUUUAAAGAAAGACAGAGUUCAAAACUUCAAAGCACUGAAUCAGCAGGAUUCCCAGAUCAAGAAAGAGAGAAACAUUAAAAGUGGCGGCAGUGGGCCACAGGACACCCAGGCCCCACACUCAGAGGACACCGGGGUUCCCACCUGCAGCAGGGGGCCGGAAACUGAAAAUGAAACCAUGGAAACCCCUCUCAGCCUGUCCUACUCCAUCAGAGCCCACAAGCUUCCUAUCAGCUGCAUCCACCUCCAUCCACGAAAACUCAUCGUCGCCUCCGCCAGUGAUGACUGCAGCUGGAGGCUAUGGCUGCUUCAAGCCCACGGAGAGAAGGUAAGAGAAG